CAGUCAUUCAUUCAUUCAAAACUCGAGUUUGUUGUGGUGCGGCUAGCGAGUGCUGAUUUUAAAUAUUUUCUCCUAAUUUAGUCCUAAAAUAACCUCAAUAAACACAAUGAAGAUCGAGGAAGUAAAAAGUACUGCGAAAACCCAAAGAAUAUCAGCCCACAGUCAUAUUAAAGGAUUAGGUUUGGAUGAAAAUGGAGUUCCCAUUCAAAUGGCAGCCGGUCUCGUGGGCCAGGAAUCUGCGAGAGAGGCUGCAGGAAUAGUGGUUGAUAUGAUAAGAAGCAAGAAGAUGGCUGGCCGAGCCUUGCUCCUCGCUGGGCCACCUGGCACGGGUAAAACUGCCAUUGCUUUAGCUAUUGCUCAAGAACUGGGUACCAAAGUGCCAUUCUGCCCGAUGGUUGGUAGUGAAGUAUACAGUACUGAAAUAAAGAAAACAGAAGUGCUAAUGGAGAACUUCCGACGUGCCAUAGGCCUACGAAUCCGUGAGACCAAAGAGGUUUAUGAAGGAGAGGUCACUGAACUUACUCCGGUGGAAACUGAAAAUCCUGCUGGAGGUUAUGGCAAGACUGUCUCUCAUGUCAUCAUUGGCCUCAAGACAGCUAAAGGCACUAAACAGCUGAAGUUGGACCCUACCAUUUAUGAAUCACUACAGAAAGAGAAAGUAGAAGUUGGUGAUGUUAUCUACAUUGAAGCUAACUCUGGAGCUGUGAAGAGGCAGGGUAGAAGUGAUACCUUUGCCACUGAGUUUGAUCUUGAGGCUGAAGAAUAUGUGCCACUGCCAAAAGGUGAUGUUCACAAGAAGAAGGAAGUUGUUCAGGAUGUAACUCUGCAUGACUUGGAUUGUGCCAAUGCUAAGCCACAAGGAGGGCAAGAUAUCAUGUCCAUGAUGGGCCAACUAAUGAAACCAAAGAAGACUGAGAUUACAGAUAAGCUGAGGAAAGAAAUCAAUAAAGUAGUAAACAAAUACAUAGACCAAGGUAUAGCUGAAUUGGUACCAGGAGUUCUUUUCAUUGAUGAGGUACACAUGUUAGAUAUUGAAACUUUCACAUACCUUCACCGAGCAUUGGAGUCUGCUAUUGCGCCUAUUGUUAUUUUUGCUACCAACAGAGGCAAAUGCCAAAUAAGAGGUACUGAGGACAUAAUUUCUCCACACGGAAUCCCACUAGAUCUUUUGGACAGGCUUCUGAUCAUUCGUACUUUGCCAUACAACAAAGCUGAACUUCUGCAGAUAUUGAAACUUCGAGCGGCGACAGAAGGUAUUGCCAUUGAUGAUGAAGCCCUCACCGCGCUCGCUGAAGUAGGAGCUAACAGUACUCUCAGGUACGCGGUGCAGCUACUGACGCCGGCGUCGCUGGCGGCCCGCGCGGACGGGGCGCAGCGCAUCACGCCGGCACACAUCACCUCCGUGCACACUCUGUUCCUCGACGCCAAGUCCUCAGCACGCAUCCUCACGCAACACUCCGACAAGUACAUGAAGUAAACUAAAGCACUCUAGUUAUUUCCAAGCAUUGAACUAUUGGUUCUCACAACUGUCGAUAUCUCGUAUUACCCAUUAUCGUACGUAUACAUUCAAGUAUGUAUUAUGUAGUUUUACUAUCUAUAGGUGUCAUCUAGCAUCAUAUUAUUGAAAUAUUUACUAAUAGGUACUACUAUACUCAUACCAUACAAAUGGUCUUGUCCUGAUAUGUAUUUCCAAUAAGACAUUUAAGUUGCACAAUAAGAAUAUGUUUCCAUUAUAUUUAGUUUGACACUAUGUAUGUGAUAUUUUUUUAUUUGAUAACACUGUACAAGAUAGUUCAAUCAACUUCUAUGAACAAUAUUUGUGGUAGUUCUAUACAUUAGAGGAAUGUCUAUUUUUGUUCUGACUUAGGAAUUGCACUUUAGUUUGAUGGUAUUCAUUCCACCGAAUGUUACAUAUUAUUAUUGGUGUUCAAGAAAGAAAGCGGAAUUGUAUAAUAAAUAAGUUUUUAUUUUAUAAAAA